CCUCGGGAAAACGAUACUCUCAGACCUUCAGGCUCCGGGCCCCUUCUUUAUUUUUUUCUCUCUCUCUCUCUCUCUCCGGGAAUUGAACCAUCAGCCAUUAGUGAUUAGUGGAAAGAAGACGAACCUGAAGAAAGAACAAAGAAGCGAUAUUGGUUGAAGAACAAAUCGAUGGAAGGAAAUCCUGUUUCUAACGCUCCUUUAGUCCUUAGUCCUAGAUAGGUAAGACCCAGAAGGGUUUUCAUUUCUGAGAGUCGGCUCCUCAUUCCUUCUUCAGAGAAUAGAGAUCUUAGCGGUAUUGUGGGUCAGGAAGCAACUAGUGAGUAAACUUUCAAGUUCUUCCUUGUACUCUGUUGCCAGAAGGAGCGGUAAAAUAUGCAGUCAUCGAAAGCCAGAAGUUCAUCUUCAGAAGUGCCUCAAAGGACAUCUCCAGGGACACCAAAAGCUGCUUGUCGGCUCAAGACAGAUGGAUCAGAAUGUGACUCAUCUUCUACAAAUCCAGCAAUCAGGACACCAAAGGAUAGAAGCCUGAAACUCACUGAACGCAGGUCACCUAGAAGCCCAUCUGAGAAGAAGCGACCCAACAGAGUCUCUGAGUUGGAAUCUCAACUUGCACAACUCCAGGAGGAUCUGAAGAAGGCAAAAGACCAGUUAACAACAUCUGAGACAUGGAAGAGGCAUGCGCAGCAGGAAGCCGAAGAGGCCAAGAAGCAGCUCUUAGACAUGUCCACAGAGCUCGAAGAGUCCCAGCAGCAGCUUCUGGAGCUGUCUGCUUCUGAGGACUCGAGGGUACACGAGCUCCGUAAAGUAUCUCAAGACCGGGAUCGGGCAUGGCAGUCCGAACUAGAGGCUGUUCAGAAGCAGCAUUCAAUGGACUCAGCUGCCUUGUCCUCUGCCAUGAACGAAAUUCACAGGCUAAAGAUCCAGCUGGAAAUGGUUGCCGAGUCUGAGGCUGCCCAGACCAAGCAGGUAGAAGCUGGAGAAUCUGAGCUCCAGAGAUUGAAAAUUGACCUAGAAGAAACCCUUUCUGUUGUUGCUAGCAUGAAAGUUCAGCUCAAAGACUCUAAAGAAUCCGAAGCUCAGGCCCAGGCACUUGUUAGUGAAACUCUACUACAGCUGGAAACUGCCAAAACAACUGUGGAGAUGCUCCGAUCAGACUCCCUUAAUGCCAAGGAGGCUUACAACAGCCUUGUUUUGAAGUUGGAGCAAUCUAGAGCUCAAGUGAAUUCGCUUGAAGGACUUGUGAGCAAACUUCAGGCAGACCUAGUUGAGGCUAGCAGAAGCCACACCGGAGACACAUCGGGAGAUGGUAGGUCUGCAGGGGAAACCCAGGACCUUGCUGACUCUAAUGAGCUCAGGUUAGAGCUUGAUUCUGUGAAUAUGGAGAUGGGACAAUUAAAGGCUGCACUAGAAGCAGCUGAGGCUAGGCAUCAGGAAGAACAUAUUCAGUACACGAUGCAGAUUCAAAGUGCCUAUGAAAUGGUUGAGCAAAUGAAGUCUGAGGCAUGCAUUAGGGUACCUGAAUUGGAGGCAGAGCUAAAGAAAACCAAGGCUUAUAUUGAAGAGUUGAAAGGAAACCUGAUGGAUAAGGAAACUGAGUUACAGAGAAUUUCAGAGGAAAAUGAGGGACUUAAUAUGACGAUACAACAGUACAAUUCUAGUCCAAGGGAGGACAAACUGGAAGUGGAGUUGCAAAAGUUGAAGGCAGAUGUUACUGAUUUGAAGGCAAAUUUGAUGGAUAAGGAGACAGAAUUGCAGGGUAUAUCAGAGGAGAAUGAGUUGCUUAAGUUGGAAAUCAAGAAGAGGGAAAUAGAGAGUAAAGUGACUGAUGAAGCCAUCGCUGAGGCAGAAGCAGCAAGGGCUGCUGAGAAGGAGGCUCUAAUGAAAGUUGGCUAUGUAACAGAGGAAGCAGAUAAGAGUAGCAAGAGGGCAGCGCGUGUGACCGAGCAGCUGGAGGCAGCACAGGCGGCAAACUCAGAGAUGGAGGUUGAGUUGAGGAGGUUGAAGGUGCAAUCAGACCAGUGGAGGAAGGCAGCCGAGGCAGCUGCUGCUUUUUUCUCAACUGGAAAUAAUGGGAAAUUAAUGGAUAGCUAUGUUAGUGGGAAGAUUGGUUCACCCAAUUCGGAAGAUAUGGAUGACGACUCACCUAAGAGGAAGAACAACGUGUUAAGGAAGAUUGGAGUGUUGUGGAAGAAGGGCCAGAAAUAGACAGAUCAUGUGAGAACUGUUAUUAGUUAAUUGUUAUGCUUCUGGUUGGGCUGUAUCUUUUACUUUUGCUCUGGUUUUUCAAUUUUUGACUUUGAGAUUGAAUUUGUUAUGUGAUAGGUAUGUUGGUUGAUUGGGCUGGCCAAUCUCAAGCAAAUCCUCUUUGUAUAGGUGAUGAGGAAACUGUGAGAACUUAUAUUUCUCUUUUCCUACCCACUGCCUUAUUAAGCAGUAGGUUCUACAGCACUUUUGGAUUAAUGGCAUUAUAGGGGAGUAGGUGAGAUUUUAUAUACAUGAUGAUGAAUUGGGGAAGAGGUAAUCUGUUAAAUUUUCAUGGCUUUGAGAUGGCAGUGCACCUGAAAAACAUAUGAGCUGAUCAAACUAUGUUUUGGAUCUUUAUAUCUCUUUACUUUUGAGCACCAAUUGAAAUGUCAUGUGCAGAAAUUUGGUUCA